UUUAUAUUCAUUGUUUGAUGGCUGCUUUAGCGGCUCAUUAUUAACUUGAUUGUUACUUUGGCUUUCUCCGCGCUUUUGCUCCGCUUGUUUUGGGGGGAAUCGGCGAUCUGUUUAUAUCCCAUCAAUGUCCUAUCCUCAGGCUUAUCUAUACCAGCCUCCGGGCUCCCUGGCGCUGUAUUCGUGUCCAACUUACGGGCCCUCGUCUUUGCCUGCUCCGCGGAUGAAGAAUGAAGAGUUGGCGAGGUCGUCCUCCGGCUCGGCAUUCAGCCCUUACCCAGGAUCGGCUGCUUUCUCCGCUUCGCCAGGCACGGGCUUCUCCAGCCCACUAUCAUAUUCUACGGACCCCACCGCAGGAUUCCCGUCGUAUGUGAGCUCUCCCUAUGACCCACACACAACGGGCAUGGCUGGAGCGCUCAGCUACCACCCAUAUGGCAGUCCCGGAUAUCCGUACCAGCUCAACGACCCGGCUUACCGCAAGAACGCCACGAGGGAUGCCACGGCCACCCUGAAAGCCUGGCUGCAGGAGCACAGGAAGAACCCCUAUCCCACUAAAGGAGAGAAGAUCAUGCUGGCCAUCAUCACCAAAAUGACCCUGACCCAGGUGUCCACGUGGUUCGCCAACGCCAGGAGGAGACUCAAGAAGGAGAACAAGAUGACGUGGGCCCCCAGGAACAAGAGCGAGGACGAGGACGAAGACGACGGCGACGGGGAGAGGAAGGAAAUAGAGCGGUCCGAGAAAACCCUGGAUAACAGCGAGGCUUCAGCCGAGGAUGAAGGAAUAAGUUUACACGUGGACACUCUGACAGACCACUCGUGUUCCGCGGAGUCAGAUGUGGAGAAGGUGAAUUGUCGCGCGGGGGAGCGCACCGGUGAUGAGGAUGGAGACGACGCAGUGGAACGCCACCUCGAAGCACGAGGCCAUAUUUCUCCAAAGCCCGUAACAUCGUCACCGCUAACCGGGGUAGAAGCCCCCAUUGUCCCCACACCACCACCUCCAUCACCUCCACCAUCACCUGCAGCGCGAGGACCUGGCGCGCAGCCUCAUGGUGGGCAACAAAGUUCUAGAAAGCAGAGCCCCGUCUCAAACCCCUCGGUCAAACCUAAGCUGUGGUCACUCGCAGAGAUUGCUACCUCGGACCAAAAACAGCAGCAGCCAGCAAACUGCCCCUCCUCCAGUGGGGCCUCCUCAGCCCCCGCCUCUGCUGCCAGCCCACCCUCACUCUACCCGCCCCCCUCCAUCAUUGGAAGGCCUAUUUAUUACACAUCGCCCUUUUAUAGCAAUUAUACAAACUAUGGCAACUUCAGUCCGCUGCAGGGCCAGGGGAUCCUGCGCUACAAUAACUCCUCUGGAGUGAGUCUAGCCGCAGCAGCCGCAGCCGCUGCCGCUGCUGCUUCUUCAUCCACCACUUCUAGCGCGAGCGAAGCUCUCAGCUCAGCGCAGCAUCCUCACAAUCAGCACGCAGAGGGUAAACUAAGGCCCGACUCCCCUGUCGCUAAAAAUAACAAUAAAGCUGAACAGCAGCCACAUCAGCAUUUCAGAUCGGCAAAUUUAGAAGCAAAGAAAGGUAGUACGAUCAUAGCAUCCGAUACAGACAGGUGUCACAAUUGCUUUGACAAUAAAAGGUUGAAGAGACAUCACCUUUUAGCCUAAUGUUUUACGCUCUCUUAACCUUUACCGCUCCAGCUCGUAUUCAGUGCCACCAGUUUCCAUGAAAGCUGCUAGAGGUUUUGCACCACACACACAGGCCACAAACCCUCAAAACUUUGGACUCGCUGGAAAAAAAAAAGUUAUAUGGAAAUUUCAUGACGUAUCAUGGAUCUGUAAUUUAGUUUGAAAAAAUGCUCCCAUUAUAUGUGAUUUAUAUGUUAAUACUCAGGUUCAUUUAGUUUGUCUUUUUGCCACGAUAUAUUAUUUUAUCUAUUUAAACGCGUGCAAAACCUUAUUUGGCCCUUUUCUCUGGAAUUUGUAAAGUUUGCUUUGGAUGAUUAAACGAAGGACUGGAUUGAAGUUAACAAGUUAACAAGAAGACGUCACUUCAAAGUGGAAAAGCCUACAUUUGAUAUUUAUUUUUAUAAAUGAUUGUGGCGAUAAGCCUAUAAUUUAUGCAAGUUGUAUUGCAAACAUUGGGAAAUGACUGCGUUUGUAAAUAUAUAUACAUAUAUAUUAUGGACGUUUUUUAUUUGAGAAGCAUUUGGAAAUUGAAAGCUUCACAAUCUUGUUGUUAUCAGGACUUUUACUAAUUUAUAUCUUUGAAUGUAAAUAAUGAGAACGUCAGUGCAAACCCUGGCGCGGUACCUACAUAAAGGAGAAUAUUAAAACUGUUUUCUCAACUAUUUUUCGAAGCUUGGCCAUUUCUUUAUGCACUAUUAUUUAUA